GUUUGCUUCCCAGGAAAGAUUGCAUAAGAUCUUUUCGAUUUGAACGCGUUAUAUAAGCCGGGUUCUGCAGCAGUCAAGGACAGAGAAGACAUUGGAGUUAAAGUUACAAGAUGUUUAAGCCACAUUAUCAUUUGGCCGCAGUGCUGCUGUGUUUCGUCUUCGCCACAGCGCAGGUUGUGCCAAAUGCAGAAAUCGGUCGGAUUACCAUCCAAGUGCCGUUGCUGUCCAAUGGGAAGCCCGUGAUCCUCGCCAACCAGGAACGGGAAGAGGUCGCCACCGUGGAGGAGAUCAAGCCCGGAAAGGUCCAUGUUGUCCAGGAGGUAGUGGUGCCACCUACAGUGAAGUCCGAUAACAAGCUGCGGGUGGCACGAUCCGUUUCGGAUUCUGGUAUCCCUAACAGUGGAAUCCCAAAUCCUGGCAUCCCCAACCAUGGAAUACCGAAUCGUGGAAUCCCCAACGAUGGAAUCCCGAAUCCUGGAAUCCCCAAUCAUGGAAUUCCCAAUCCUGGAAUCCCUAAUCAUGGAAUUCCCAACCGUGGCAUUCCUAAUGAUGGAAUCCCGAAUCCUGGCAUUCCCAACCAUGGAAUUCCCAAUCCUGGAAUCCCUAAUCACGGAAUCCCCAACCGCGGCAUUCCUAAUGAUGGAAUCCCUAAUCCUGGCAUUCCUAAUCAUGGAAUCCCCAAUACUGGCAUUCCCAAUCCCGCUGCUUCCGAACUGAUGCCGGUUGUUGCAAUGCCCAGCAGUCGUACCACCAGUGCACCCGCAUCUACAUCAAUGCCCAAGCGAGUGCCAACGAGGAAUUGUUUCCAUCUGCUGAUGGGAGGCAUGGCCACCACAUCGCCUGUGGAGAUGAUGACGCCUCCCUCUACGGAAAACUGCGAUGAGCUGUGCACCAAGUUCGAGUACUCGCCCAUUUGUGCCCACAAUGGAAUCUGCAUCCAUGAGUUCGCAAAUCAGUGCGUAAUGAACACCUUCAACUGCAAGCAUCGGGAUUUGUCUUUCCGUGCAGUGGACGAGGAUGUCUGCCGACUGGGGGUUUGCAUGAGGCGCUGCAAGGAGGAGGAACUGACGCUUUAAGAUACCGACGACUCGUAGCCUUAAUAGUAUAUCAAUACAAUAUCCUUUAUGUAAAAACAUAACAAAACAUUUAAUUAAAUGCAUACAUUUCAUAGAAAAAAGUGAUUUCCAU